AUGGACUUCGGCGACGCGCUCGCCGCAGGUUCGUCUCAUCGUUCCGAGCAAAGCUCUGAGAGCACUCAGGAGAUUUUGAGUCAGCAUAUCUACGAGCUCCAGCUGGAGGUCAACGAACUAAGGCUUCAGGUGCAAGCUCUCACAACCCAGGUGCAAGCACUAGAAGAGAGCCUCUCUCGCGUCUGGGUGAACCAGACGGGUCGUUUCUCGAGCCGCCCUUGCACGAGUCUUGAGCUUCUUUUCCGGGGGAUGAGUGCUGAAGCUUUUUAUCCAGAUGAGGGUCCGCAGGUCCCUCUGUCUGCCAUACCUGCCAGCCCAAUAUCUCCGAGUGCGGCUGUGUUCGAGGGCACACCUGAUCAGGGUCCCUUAGCGGCCUUCAUGAGCAGCCCCGUCGAGGGCGAUGAUCUUACUGAGGAGCAGCUGGGGGGCUUGAUGUCUCGCGAGGACACACAACUUCCCCCUGACGACGACCCGAUUGCAGACCGUCUGGAACAGCAGCUUGCAGGCUUCAUGGCCUACGGCGGCAGUGCAGGUGAUUGGCAUGCCAUGAACUCAGGUUUCAUUCUUGCAAGGCAUUCCCGUCAGGCGAUGCCGUGGGAAAGAGUGACGAGGCCCCGCUUGGGGCCCGGCUUCAUGUUCCAGGAGCCGUUGCUAGGUCGCUUCGACGGCCUUAGGAGGGCGGCGAUCCCCGCCCCUGCAGCAGGGCCGUGGGCAUGGGUGCCCAAAGGAACUUACGAGGCCAGGCGACUUCUCGCAGCCAGGUUCGCCAAAAGCGAUGACAUGCUUAGGCUUACAGCACUGAAGAAAAUUCGGCUCAUCGUGCUUUUCUUCCCGGAUGAUUCGGAGCUUGGAAGGAACCUCGUGGGUUCUGCAGGCUCCCUGGUGGAGGAAUCCAUGCUGACCUCGUUUGCCAAGUGGAUCGUAGCUAGCAAAGGGCGCCCUCUGGCGCCUUCCGAGGGCGAGUUGUACGCUUAUAUGCUUCACUUGCGACGAGAGAAAGCAGGAGCCACUGCCGGCGAGUCUUUUCUCAAGGCCUACAAGUUCUUUGUGCACUUGACAGGGGCUGCGCAAGGCUCCAGGAUUUCCCCGCGUGUGCAGGGAGCAGCCAAGGCGAUGUCCAUGGCCAAACGGCCGCUCUGGCAAGCACCGCCCCUACCGGCGGAGGCAGUGCGGCUCUUGGAAGAACUCGUCCACGACUCCGAGGAUUAUGCCAGGGCUAGCAUAGCAGGGUUCAUUCUUUUCUGCCUUUACUCCUCGGCCCGAUGGUCGGAUGCGGCUCGAGGGACUGACUUGAGCAUUGACGUGGCAGGUAACGGGCUUGUCCUUCUUGAGUGUUCGACAAAACAUUACAAGACGAAGGCCAAGGACCGAAAGGAUACCGUGCUGCCUUUGAUUGCACUGGGCAGUGGCUUAACUCAGCCCUCAUGGGGACGUGUCUGGAUGCGCAAGAGGGCCCUGGCAGGGCUACCAGACUGUGCCGUAAUCAUGCCGGCCAUGUCGCCGGGAGGGAACUUUCUAGGAAGGGCCAUGACGGCUGCGGAGGGUUCCUUGUGGCUUCGUGAGUUUUUGCACUUGCAGGGUUUCGCGGGGGAUCUUGAACAGUACAGCUCGCACAGCCUGAAAGCAACCGCCUUGUCCUGGACGGCCAAGAGCGGGACCAUGACCUACGAGGAGCGCCUUACCCAGGGGCAUCAUUGCAGUCCAAAGCACGGCAUGGCUCUCCUGUACUCGAGAGAUGCGCUUGCAGAAAUCAUAGUGAAGGUAGCCAAGGUCGUGAGUGCUGUGAGCCGGGGAGUGUUUAGUCCCGACCUCCCGCGAGCCGAGAGGGUCGCAAGAGCUCUGCAUGGCGAUCCAGCAGAUUUUGCACAUCUUCCUGAGACGACGGCUGAGGAUUUGCCGGCCGAAGAGCCGCAAGAUGAGAACAACUCCGAGGCUGGGUCCGACAUAACAAACCUCGGCGGCCUCGAAGUGGACCUGGGAGCACCGGCCCCGGAGGAGGUCCGUCCUCGGCUUAGCAGCACGUUCUCGGGAGAGACCUACAUGCACGUCUUGAGUGGAGUGGUGCAUAAGUUGGUCAACCCCGGAAUUUUUAAGUGCGGCAGGAAGGUCACGGCAAACAUGCGUUUGAUGGGGCCCGAGGAGGCUCAGGAGAAUGUCUGCCAGCAGUGUCUCAUGGCCGGACUUGAAUCGGUGCCUGCCUUCACCGACCGAGCAAAGCAGAUCGGCAUCAGCGAGGACCUUCUGAAGAAGCUCCUUGCUAAGAGCUUGGACACCUUCGGCAAGCUAGCUUUCGUGUGCUCGAGCAAACCUUCCAGCGGGGAUGACACUCCUCUCUUCGAAGCCCUGAAGACUCUGAUCGGGAGUGAGGUUCCAGUGGAACAACAUAUGGUGAUCAGGAGAUUGUGGUACGAGAGCCACGCCCACGCCCUGGUUGACUUGGAAUCGAGGGCUUCGAGAACAAGUGAUACAAGCCCCCGCGAGCUUCCGUUGGCUGAACGCCUAACACGCUUGAAACGCCAAAGGGGCGAGCUUAAAGGCCUCGAGAUGGAUAUCCACACAGAACCUGGACACGGCCUUGUGGACCGCGUCCAGGCCAUGCUCGAUUCUGCACAAGUGCUGCACAUCGCGCCGGAGAAGUGCAUUUCCCGCCAUGACGAAAUCCUGGGUGAGAAGACGGAACAAAAGAUCUCUUUGGGAGCCGACGGGAACAUCAAGGUCACGAAGCAAGCCUCGAGCCUCCGUUGCGAGACUACCGGCGAGCUCAAGCUUCGCCGGUGCUUCCUGCGCCGGGCCUUAGCGUUCGAUCAAGUAGGGCUCGCCUCCUUCACUGCACUGGAGUCUUGGCACAACCGCAUGUUCCAGGCUCUGCUUGAUGUGCCUCCGGCAGGUUAUCGCUACACUACCGUUCAGCAGCUGCUUGCAGCUGACCAGAAGCUUUGGCAGGUGGUGGCCCAGGAGAGCCGAGGUGACAUCGUCGUCGGGGUCGGAGCCCCGGCUCCUCUUGACAAGCACAUAGCCGCUGCUGCAACCAAUCAGUUUGUCGUGUCAUGCUUGACUCACCUGCCCAAGCCCUUGGAAGCUCCCGCUCCCACAUGGCUGCCAAACAAGCCCGGUAAAGGACUCGGCAAGAAGGGGGAUAAGGGAAACAAGGGCGGAGGCAAAGGCAAGGGCAAGCAAAACCAUAGCCAAUCCGGUGCGGAAGCCGCCCCGACAACCUCCUUGAAGGAGCUGCUCGAAUCUCUGCCAGAGGGCUGUGUGCGAGCCACUGAUGAAGGUCGCUUCAUCUGCCCUUUCUACAAUAAGGGCCGUACAUCGAGUGCAAACAUUGACUAUCCGCAGGUGACCGCUUUGUUUGAUGCGUUGCCACACGACCAGUGCGAUCGGAGUGGUUCGGGUUUUUCCUUCUCUGCAGGACUCUACUCACGAGUCCAAGUGGGCCUCCGCAAGGCCUGCAAGCUGUUUCCACUUUCUGUGCAGGCGGUGAAUAAGUUUGUAGCUCAUUUGCUUGACGGCGCAGUUUACACGAGUUUUGCCAUAUUUUCCAGAGUACAGACCCGGGAGCACCGGGACAAGCAGAAUUCCUUUUUGCCAAACAUAGUGAUUCCUUUGACUGCAUUCACUGGGGGGGCCAUCAAGGUCUUGGAACCCAACCGCGAGAUCGACCUUGAGGUUUCGAAAGGACCGGUGCAAUUUUGUGCUAGGCAGCACCCGCACUCAACUUGUCAAGCGCACGGGCGCCGAACCGUGCUUGUGCUCUUUUCCCUUAAAGCAGCUUCGCAUGCUUCUGCCGAUGAUCAGCUUUGCUUGAAACGUUUGGGCUUCCCUCUGCCCAAUCCGCGACAGCUCAGCUCCGUCGAAGUCUGCAAGUCCGAGCCUAUUUCCUUGGGUGAAGCGAAGCAGCGCCUCUUGCCGUUUCCAGACGAACCUCAAACCGGCAGUGACCCGGGUGCCCUGGGAACGCCGACUCACGAAAGUCGUCCGCCGUCCAUGGUAGAGUGCUUGGCCUGUCGUGGUCCCUUAGCAGCAGAGGCCCUCCUCACCGGAUGGGACGCGAUCCCGGUAGGUAAAGGCCCUCACGAUCCCCACGGCUCGCCUAUGUUGCAUUUGGAUCUCUCUGAGGAGGAAAACGUGCAGGCACUUCUCCGAUUUGAUUCGUCGGCAGCUGUUGAUUGGUGGCACGGGCACCUCUUCCUCAAAUCCUGUGCUCGGUUGGAUCGGGGAUCUUCCAAACAACCUUUGCGGAGCGCUGACUGCAUUUUCGGUUGCCCUAAACUUGCCCCUCGAGCCCAGGACCUGGUGCACCGUGACAACAAGGUUUGCAGGGCCCUUGUUUCAGCCUUGCAACGAGCUCAUCAAACCGGAGCCCUCGUCUCACUCAUCGGGCCUGCCAGGAGCUGGGUUUGGAGCCUCCUAGCGAGCACUGUGAAAUCCACCCAAUCGAAAGGCUUCAUCGACUGGUUCUUCACUUUAGAAGACCAGGAGCUUGACACUUGCAUGUUCGGUUCGCCUUUUCUUACCUCACUCAAGGUCAAAGCCACGCCCGGAGCUUUCCCGCAGAUCUCUGCUACGUGUGACAAAUCACAUAAGCAUCAAGCCUGGCUGCCUUCGCCGGCCGGUGGCACCUUCAACGAUGCUUCCCUGCCCCAUGGUUUGUGCCAACGCCUGUGCGAGUGUGCCACCAAGCUCGUCACCGGAUCAACUAAGCCCCGUGCAGCAGGCCGCUGCCGUCAGCUCCGGGCUGCUGUCAGGGCCGCCGCGGCCAAUCAGUCUCAUUUCACGCCGCCCCUAAUUCCUGAGUUUCGGGUGGUAACCCCUUUGUCCCAAGUGCCUUCGAAUGCUGAUUUCAAGAUCUUGGACAAAGUCGGCUCGACACCGGGGGAAUUGGAUGAGCCGGAUAAGCGGUUUAGGCUUAAUGGUUCUCCCCCUAAGUCCUCGGCUCCCCGAGUAGGUGCAGUGGCUGGUGUUUACCACACCAUGGAAGAGCACCUUCGUCUUGCCUCAAAUUUGUGCAGUCCAGCUGAUACAAGCGAGAGGCUGCCAGAUCAGAUCAGGCGGAACAUUUUCGCCAUGCUGACCGAAGGACCCGUGGCGAUCUCAAAGAAAAGGCUUCUCGCUCUUCAGCAGCUGAACCGAAGAGUGCAGGAGCUUGCAGAUGAAGAAAGAACGCUUCGCGAGAGCAUGCACCCCGAUGUUGAAUCCGUGACCAGGGGGAAAGCGAUCUCCUUGUUCAGGGAACUGCUUGAGGAAACCGCCUUUGCAGACAUGUCCGUAAUCGAUUUGCUUGUGAAAGGCGUGCCACUUGUGGGCCAAGAGCAAGACUCGGCCCUCUUUGCCAAACGGCCGAAGCCGCAGGAGAUCAGCCCGGACCAACUGCGGGCCCAGUCAGCUCUCAGGAGGGACGUUCUACAGCGCACGCGAAAACUCGUCUCUCAGGAGGACUACGCCGCCAUGCGGGCGGAGACGGACGAAGAGGUCAAAGCUGGUUUCCUGAGUGGACCGUACUCUUCCGAGUCCGAGGUCAGUAAAGUGCUGGGGGCCACAAACUGGUCUCUUUCGCCCCGCUUCCUCCUGAGGCAGGGAGAGGACGCAAAGAUUAGGAUAAUAGAUGACUUCAAAAUGUCAGCUGUUAACCGUGCCUUCGGAUCUUCAUCGUUCCUCGAGUUGCAGGACACGGACUUCGCAGUGGGUUUGCUUAGAUUCCUUUCGAGGGUUCUUCAGGAUCGCUCCCGAGUAAGGGUGCCUCUGCUUGAUGGCUCGGUCUUGGAAGGCAACUGGGCGCCUGAGAUGCUGUCGGCCCCUCCCCUGUUGGGCAAGACGCUGGAUUUGAGCAAGGCCUAUCGUCAACUGGCAAUCCACCCUGACUGCAAGGAGUUCUCAGUGCUGGGUUUCCCUACGCCCGCUGGUGGCUGGGAGUACUACAUCACGAGGAGCCUCCCGUUUGGGGCCGGCGCGAGCGUCUUCGGGUUUAAUAAGGUUGCCCUAGGGGUUCUGCACAUCAUGACAGUGAAGUUCAUGGCAAUCGCCACGGACUUUUACGAUGAUUACACCAUCUACGAGUUUAAGCCUGCUGCUUCCUUGCUGGAUAAAGCCCUCAUGCGGCUGCUGGACAUCCUGGGCUGGACCUUCGCGCGCUCCGGGCGCAAGUUUGUGCCUUUUGCCGAAAAGGUAACUUCCUUAGGUGUAACCUUGGGGCUUGAGGAAAUUUGGCAAGGAACCUUGACUGUGGAGAACAAGGCGGGCAGACUUGAGCGCAUCGUUCAGCAGCUGAAGCGGAUUUCGCAAGGAGACGAGAUCACCCGAUCAGAUGUGGCUUCCCUACACGGCCUGCUCAACUUUGCCGGGGGUUUGAUCUUAGGGUUCGAGCUUAAGGCCACCUCGCGUAUGCUGUCGCGAGCCCUGACAGGCCCAUUCCGAGGCAACACAACAGAGUUGCAGCAUGCUUGUGCGUUGGCCUUGGACGUGUUGUCGCAAUGUCGCCCCAAGCGGUGCCCUGCAUCGGUGAAGCCACCCAUCAUCCUGUACACCGAUGGGGCAUACGAGAAAGGCGUUGGGACUUGGGGUGCCGUCAUUGUAGAUGGGGUCACCGGAGCUCGGUGGACCUUUGGCGGGACCGUCUGCCAGCAGCUCAAAGACCUCUGGGAGCGGCAGGCCGGAAAUCAGAUCAUUUGCCAAGUUGAGGGUUACGCUCUUGCAAUUUUGAUCUUCGGUCUUAGGGGUUUCUUGAAAGGCAGGUCGGUCAUAGCCUUCAUCGACAACGAAGCAUGCAGAUUUGGCUUCAUCAAGCGGUACUCGCCAUCCUUGAGCCUUCUUCGCUUAAUCUCGUUGGUGGCGCUGUUGGAGGGGUCUCUCGAGGCCCUACUUUGGUUCGAGCGAGUGCCCUCAAAGAGUAACCCUGCCGAUCUCCCGUCACGGGGAGCUUUCGAAGAGGCUUGCAAACGCUUCGCAGUUGAGAACAAAGGUGACAUCGCAUUGACCCCUACGAUGCUUGAUUUCCUUUGUGCUGCUGACUACAGUGCUCAUACGGCUCAGGCAAUCUUGACCUCCACGCGACUGGAGGCUGACUGGACAUGCUCAGCUUUGCAAUGA